UCGAGCAGGCAGGGAGAAAGCAAGAGGAGGCGGUGAGUCUUUGUAGUCUACGAGGAAUGCGGAAACGCUCCUGCUCUGUGUCAAACUGCUCUGAAGGGGGUCAAGCCACAUUCAGCCAGCGUGGGAAAGCGAGGAGGGGACCGAACACACACACACACACACACGCCGCGUAUUCCUGCAAAACUUCCAGGGGGAGCGGAUCGAUGAAAAUCACUCGCUUAUUUUGCAUGCAUGCAUUCGGCUCUACUCAAGACGGGCUGAUCGGACGAUCUUUCACUUGAUCCCCUGUGCCGUUUGGUGCUGCCGGAGAUGGGGCUUAUUCGCGCGUGCACCAUCCGACUACCUGUGUGGCCCGUGGCGCGGACGCUGCAUGAGCUGUGAUGCGUGUGGAGACGCAGGGAAAGUUGCUGAAGUUUAUGAAUGACGCGACUCUCCGGGCGGAAUAAGCACCAACCGGGCAGUGCACGUGCCAGCGCCGCGCUCCCAAUAAUGCCUUUGUGAAAUAUCCGCGCGCGCUCGUCACGUUUCGGGAUUCCCCGCAGAUCCUCGCUGUGAAAAAAAAACAUGGACAAAGAGAGCUCGACCCAGCAAUAUGAGCCGGUGGCUGAGAUCGGCGAAGGUGCAUAUGGGAAGGUGUACAAGGCUCGGGAUUUGAAGAACGGGGGCCGGUUUGUGGCCCUGAAAAGAGUCCGGGUGCAGACUGAGGAAGAGGGAAUGCCGCUGUCCACCAUCCGCGAGGUGGCGGUGCUGAGGCAGCUCGAGUCCUUUGAGCAUCCAAAUGUUGUCAGGUUGUUUGACGUAUGCACAGUUUCCAGGACUGACCGGGAAACCAAACUAACUUUGGUCUUCGAACAUGUGGACCAGGAUCUAACUACAUAUUUGGAGAAAGCACCUGAUCCGGGAGUGCCACCUGAAACCAUAAAGGAUAUGAUGUACCAGCUGCUGCAGGGUCUUGAUUUCCUCCACUCUCACCGUGUGGUUCAUCGGGAUCUUAAGCCUCAAAACAUUCUAGUAACCAGUGGAGGACAGAUCAAGCUGGCUGAUUUUGGCCUGGCGCGGAUCUACAGCUUUCAGAUGGCUCUUACUUCCGUGGUUGUGACAUUAUGGUAUCGAGCCCCAGAGGUGCUGCUUCAGUCCAGCUAUGCUACUCCUGUGGAUCUGUGGAGCGUCGGCUGCAUCUUUGCUGAGAUGUUCAGACGGCGCCCUCUUUUCCGUGGGAACUCUGAUGUUGACCAGCUAGGCAAGAUUUUUGAUGUGGUGGGAGUCCCGUCUCCAGAGGACUGGCCACAGGAGGUGGGUUUGCCCCAGAGUGCCUUCUCUCCUCGCCCUGCACAGCCCAUAGAGAACCUGGUGCCGGACAUGGAUGAGCUCGGCAAAUCACUCCUACUUCGUUUCCUGUCCUUCAACCCCUCCAGAAGGAUAUCAGCUUACGAUGCACUGUCUCACCUGUACUUCCAGAGUCUGGACAGCACCAGCAAGAGCCUGUACGCUCAGCCCUUCCCCAGCAAAAAGCCCUCCCUGGAGGAGAGAGCCGCCUAAAACACCUGCCGCCACACAAACAAACUCGUCUUCCACAGCAAAACGCCGUCACAUGCUGCUUUUAACAAAUCACCGUCGCAAAAAUAUCGGUCCGUCAGGUUUUCCUUUCGCCCUCACUACUGCCACCCAACCAGAUGCUGCCUACUAAUCAUCCGCACAGGAUCAGAAGCUGCUCGUCUGGGCUUUGUUCAGUUCACCACACUGCCAGAGAUCAUCUGUUCUCAUGAACGCAAGUCUACAUGUACUAAGUUUUAGCAGCACAUCACUGCCAUGAAGAUGGAUUUAACAUUGGACCCAAACAGGAUUGAGGAAUUACAAGCAGAACAGCGACUACUGCAAGUUCAGGCCCGUUGAACGGAACCUCUUAAUAUGUAAUCGCUUUCAAUUCACACUUUCGCCGAUCAGGACGGAUUCAUGAGGAUUACUGCAGUUUGAUACGCAUUUUAGGGGGGUUUUGGGGGGGGUUGAAGACUGCAUAACUAUGAACACGCAGAGUUAUAGUGCUUUAUUUAAUGUUCUGAAGCACUAUUUAGCAACAAUGUUAUAGUGUAAUUGUUUUUGUAUCAUUACUAUGAGUUCCACAUCCUGUUCACUUAUUUUGAAAUGUCAGUGUUGAUUGUUGACAUUUUUAUUUGUUGGCUUUUGUCUUAAUUUGGUGACACUUUAAAAUAGUGGUUUAUUAGUUAUAAUGUAUUUACUAACCUAAACAAACAUUGAACAAUAAGUGUAUUGCAGUAUUUAUUCAUCUUUGCUAAUGCUAUUUACUGAAAAUAGUUCUUGUGCUUAUGACUUUGGAUGCAUUAGUAAAUGUUGAACUUAUUAAAUGCUGUGAUUAUUGUUCAUGUUUAUGUUUGUUAAUACAUUGAUCUUAACUAAUAGACCCUCAUUUUAAAAUGUUACCCUUAAUUUUAGUGAACUUGAAGGUGUAGGUUGUUGUAGAAAACAUUGUCGAUGUAAACCAAACAGUCUGCACCCUGCCUUCAGGGAUUUAGUGCCGAGACGUAGUUGAAAGGAUGGUCGCAUGUUGACUUUAGGGUUUGCUUUAGAGCAGAAAUAAGAUUGGUUAUAGAAAUCUGUGUAUGAGAGAGUAGCUGAAAGUCUAGUAAAAGUAGCUGUAUAGAGUUGGAGAGUGUUAGGUUUGGAGGUCAGGUUGUGAGAUUCGUUCGAGGCUCGGAGAGUAAUGUGUUAUCCUGUAAUUCCAGGUCCUUUAUUGUAUAAACACACUAUGCU